UCCCCAGCUCCAUGGCCCCAGGAAAGCGGGGCAAGACCAGAGGAAAGGAAGCAGGCAAAGGACAUGGAGUCUCCAGCCUGCGGCUAUGGCCCAUCUAUCCCCUUGUCCCUUCCUCCAUCCCAGCAGGCCAAUGAGAACACAUGCCAUCCAAGCUUUCACUGCCAUAAGGAUAUGCACAAAUCCAUGGCCUGACCCUCAGAGUGUCCCACAGGGAGGUGUAUGUGCCCACCAGAAGGAAGGACACCUGGGUCAUCCCAAGUGUCUAUCAGGAGACACAGCUGGGGCAGGAUGGGUGGUGUGAGCAGAGCCCAAUAGGUCCUCUACGACUGCUCCUGCAAGGGGGAUCAUUAUAAACUGUCUUGUGAUUGAGGUCCACAGGCCAAGAGGGGCAAGCAGAAUGCAGGAUGCAGGCUGUGAGACAUGGGGUGCCAGCUGUGAUUACAGCAUGCAAGGCCUGGGAUGCAGGACACAUGCUGAAGUCUGUGUGCAAAAUGAAGUCUGUAGGAUGUGGGAUGCAGAACAAAGGCUACAGAGUGCAGGCUGUGAGGUACAGGCUACAGGAGAAAGGAUGCAGGAUGUGGGAUGAAGUAGAUGGAUGCAGAACACAGAUUUCAGGUUGCAGGAUGCUGGAUACGGAGUGUGGGCUGAAAGAUGCGAGCAGCAGGAUGUAGGCUGAGAAUGACCAGGCAGUGCCUGCCAUCCACUCCUCUACUGUCUGGUGCUGUGGCUGGGGAGUUUUCAGUGGGAUUUCUCUUCUGGGUGGCCAAAAAUUUCAGCAGGAAUGGGGAUUUCCUUAGAUAGGCUGGCCAGGCCUCAGCAGGAAGUGGUGAAGAGGACCACAGCCAGGCAGGACAUACCAUGUGGAUGAGGGAAGCCAAGGCAGCAUCUCCAUCUCUGUGCCCUGCUCUGGCAAGAGGUGGCAGGAAUGCCAAACCCUGUGAGGAGGGAUGCCAGGCAACAUGUUGCAUGCCCUCCGGGGAGGCUGGAGUAAAACACCAGUAAAGCCAGCUGGGAGAGGAACUGAACAGGGAGAAAGCUGCCCCCAGGGAGCUCAGUGUACCCCCAUUCCUGGCACGGGCAAGAGCCCCAGCACAGGAUUUAUCCUGGGAUACUGCCUUGCCCUAUUGGCACCAUGGCUGCCACAGAGGGGGUCUGGGCACACCCGGGAACUUUCCCCCCUCCCGAGAGAGGGUGGCUGUCCAGGGUGGGCUACCCCUGGCAGCCUGGUCUCCUGAUAUCACGCGGCUGAAAAUGCAGAGAGGGCAGGAGUGAACGGGAACAGGAGUGUCCAGGGACCAGGAAAGAAGGAGUUACAGAAGCCAUGCCCCAGAGCAGCCCUGGAGACCUACAGUGUCACAUAGCAACACUUAACCUUCCAGGAGCACAACAGGUUUGUUCCAGGAGCGCAACAGGUUUGGCUCUGCUCACAGCAACUUGCAAGACAAAGAUUGAUCCUGGGCAGUGACAUCCACCAGAGACAAGUUCCCUGAGUUUACUCUGGAAGGACAGGAGUGGGACUAAGGGCCACCCUAUGGCUGAGCAGCCCGUCCCAGAGACGGCCCUGCUAGCCCAGGUGCUGGCUGCAGACAACACUGAAGCCCCUUCACUCCGCACUACACGCCGUGGGUCCCAGCCCCCAGCCCGGGGCACGGAGGACAGCAAACCACCACCCCUGCUCUCCCGCCGCAACUCCAUCCUCAGCCGCCGCAGCUCAUUCGGGAUGGUUCCAGGGAGCAGGCGUCCCUCCAUUGGCCCCUGGAUGCUCCACAGACGUGUUAGCUUCUCUGGGCUCCCAAUUUUCCAACCCAUCCUCAAGACCCGCCUUGAAAACACUUACAGGAUAGGGCCAGACAAAGGCUGCAAGUUUGAUGCAGAGCAGGUGCAGCGUGUGCUGGAGGGGACCCUGGCCCGUGCCUUGGGGACUACUGUAUACAAUCCCCAGGGCAGUGCCCCACUAGCCCAGAGCCUGACUGAGCUGCUGCAGAACCAGGCCAAGGAGGUGGUGCCACCCCGCUACAAGCUGGUCUGCCACGUGGUGUUGGGCCAGCAGGGCCAGCAGAGCCUGUUGGUGGCCAGUCGGGGACUAUGGGACCCUGAGACUGACAGCUUUGCCUCUGCCACAUUCUCCAAUGCCUCCCUCUUUGCUGUGGCCACAGUGUACGGGGUCUACUUCGAGUAGCAUGUGCCUCUGCAUCCACCCAGUCUUGCAGAGCUGUAGGGAGAGAGCAACCGAAAUAAAGAGGUUUUGUCCA